UUUAUUGAAGAAUUAUGGUGUAAAGAAUGUGAUCCAUUUAGAAUAAUAGAAGGAUGGACCAGUGGAAAUUCUGAUAUUGAUAAGUUUAUAAGAUAUACAAUGUGCAAGCCAGCUGGAUGGGGCGAAAAAUAUGGUUAUGGUUUUCUUGAAUGGGUACCAUUUGAUAGAUUUACAGAUAUAAAAGAAAUUGGUGAAGGUGGAUUUGCCAAAGUAUACUCUGCAACUUGGAUUGAUGGUAGAUCAAAGUAUCGUAAAAAUGAUGAUGGAAGUUGGAAAAAGUUUAAUCCUAAUCCUAUAAUAAAAGUCGCUUUGAAAAGGUUAAAUGGAUCACAGAAUAUGUCAGAUAAAUAUUUAAAUGAACUUAAAAUACAUUGGGAAAUUGCUAAUAAAAGUGGAUUACAAUUUUAUGGAUUUACUAAAGACCCAGAAACUAAAGAAUUUAUGAUGAUUAUAAUAUUUGCUGAUGAAGGAAAUUUGAGAAGUAUUCUUUCAAAUAACUUUAACAACAUUAUGUGGGAAGAUAAAAUUAAAUAUUUAACUGGUAUACUCAUGGACCUACGAAAUUUACAUAAAUUAGGAUAUUGUCAUAAAGAUUUUCAUAGUGGGAAUAUUUUACAAACUGGUAGUACUUUUAUUUCAGACUUUGGAUUAUCUGGACCAGCAGAUGAACAAAAAUCAGAUGAUAAAGUAGUAUAUGGGGUAAUGUCAUAUAUUGCACCAGAAGUCUUAAACGGAGAACCAUAUACAUCAUCAUCCGAUAUUUAUAGUCUAGGUGUAAUUAUGGCUGAAUUAUCAUCAGGAAAACCACCUUUUUACAAUAAAAAAUAUGAUUUAAAUUUAGCAUUAGCCAUAUGUAAUGGACUCAGACCAGAAUUUGGAAAAGGAACUCCUGAAUAUUAUAAAAAAUUAGCUUAUAAAUGCAUGGAUGCUAAUCCAAAUGAAAGACCAACAACCAAAGAAUUAUUUAAUAUAUUUUUUUUUUGGUACGAUUCUAUUGUAGGUAAUAAAGAUAAUAACGAAGAAUACGGUUAUAAAGGAAACGAAAUCAAAGCAGCAUUUGAAGAAGCUGAUAAAGAAAUACCAAACAUCUCAACUUCGUAUGAAAAGAAUUCUGAUGCUGUAUAUACCAGUAGAGCGUUUACAUUUAGUAAUUUAUUAUCAAAACCCGUUAAUUCAUCCAUUAUUACUUCAUAUGUUAAUAAUGAAGUUUGUGACUCUCAAUUAAUCGACUUGGAAGUGUCUAAUUCAAUACAAUUAUGAGGUACUAUAGAUAUUGACGAUGAAA